AUAGUAGAUGUGAGGAGGAGCCCGGAUGCAGAUUUGGCAUCAGAAGUAAUCUCACAUACAUAGAGCGGAGCGGAGACAUGUACUGAGGAGGGACGGAGGAUCCCCACCGACUACUACACAGCUCCGGCAUCUCCUCUCCACUCCUCUCUUCUCCUGACUCCUCUCCUGUCUUCUCCCCUCACCUCCCCACACAAAGUGAGACAUGAGAGGAAGCUCCCCGCUCCGGGCUCUGCUGGCGGCAUUGCUGCUCAUACAGUACAUCGCCCACUCUGCCCACUCCGCUCUCCUCACCCAACAAUACUUGGUGGACUUACAACCAGGAGGAGACCCGACAGACGCCACACAACUCGCCCAACAAUAUGGAUUUACUGGGGCCAGGAAGCUACCCUUUUCGGAUAGUUUAUACCAUUUCUAUGACAGUGGAGAAACUAAGUUCAGGAGGAAACGAAGUCUCAACAGUAAGAAUCACUUAUCCAUGCACCCCAAGGUUCGGAAAGUUGUUCAGCAAGAAGGUUUUGACAGAAAGAAACGAGGAUACAGGGACAUCAAUGACAUCGACAUCAAUAUGAAUGAUCCCCUAUUUACAAAACAGUGGUAUCUGAUCAACACAGGUCAAGCAGAUGGGACGCCAGGUCUUGAUUUGAAUGUUGCUGAAGCCUGGGAGUUGGGAUACACGGGGAAAGGAGUUACCAUAGCAAUUAUGGAUGAUGGAAUAGAUUACCUUCACCCAGAUCUUGCCUCAAAUUAUAAUGCAGAGGCAAGCUAUGACUUCAGCAGCAAUGACCCUUACCCAUAUCCCCGCUACACUGAUGACUGGUUUAACAGCCACGGGACGCGCUGUGCAGGGGAAGUAUCUGCUGCUGCAAACAAUAAUAUUUGCGGGGUGGGAGUUGCUUUUGACUCUAAAGUUGCUGGUAUUCGCAUGCUAGACCAGCCCUUUAUGACAGAUAUAAUUGAAGCAUCUUCAAUCAGUCAUAUGCCACAAAUUAUAGACAUCUACAGUGCCAGCUGGGGGCCCACAGACGAUGGCAAGACAGUGGAUGGGCCCAGAGAACUGACUUUACAGGCCAUGGCAGAUGGUGUAAAUAAGGGUCGUGGUGGAAAAGGAAGUAUCUAUGUCUGGGCGUCUGGAGAUGGAGGAAGUUAUGAUGACUGUAACUGUGAUGGUUAUGCAUCCAGCAUGUGGACCAUCUCCAUAAACUCUGCUAUUAAUGAUGGGCGGACUGCGCUAUACGAUGAAAGCUGCUCUUCCACUUUGGCCUCCACAUUCAGCAAUGGAAGAAAACGAAAUCCUGAAGCUGGCGUGGCUACAACAGAUUUAUAUGGAAACUGCACUUUACGUCAUUCAGGAACAUCUGCGGCAGCACCAGAAGCAGCUGGGGUGUUUGCAUUAGCCCUAGAGGCAAAUCCAGGUCUCACUUGGAGGGACUUACAACACUUAACAGUGCUAACAUCCAAAAGGAACCAGCUGCACGAUGAAGUUCAUAAGUGGCGUAGGAAUGGUGUUGGUUUGGAGUUUAACCAUUUGUUUGGCUAUGGUGUACUGGAUGCUGGCUCUAUGGUUAAAAUGGCACGAGAAUGGAAAACUGUUCCAGAAAGAUUUCACUGUAUUGGUGGAUCAAUACAGGAGCCAAGGAAAAUACCUACUGAUGGAAAAUUGAUUCUAACACUUACAACAGAUGCUUGUGAAGGAAAAGAAAACUUUGUUCGAUACCUUGAACAUGUUCAAGCGGUUAUAACUGUAAAUUCUACAAGGCGUGGAGACUUGAACAUCAAUAUGACAUCACCAAUGGGAACAAAAUCCGUCCUCCUGAGUCGCCGUCCAAGGGACGAUGACUCUAAAGUGGGUUUUGAUAAAUGGCCAUUCAUGACAACUCACACCUGGGGAGAAGACCCAAGAGGAACUUGGGUUCUUGAAGUCGGUUUUUCUGGGAGUAUGCCAGAAAAAGGUGUAUUGAAAGAAUGGACUCUGAUGCUGCAUGGAACUCAAAGUGCCCCCUACAUAGACCAAAUAGUUAGAGAUUACCAGUCAAAAUUAGCUAUGUCGAAGAAGGAGGAGCUGGAGGAAGAACUGGAUGAAGCUGUGGAAAGGAGCUUAAAAAGUCUAUUAACCAAGAACUAGCACCGCAUUGCAUGUCUACCUUAUAUUUUCUUUUUCAGAAUUUUCAGCAUAUCUUUCUAACACUUAAAUUUCUGUAUAGGAUACAACAGCCUCUUGGUUCCAUAUGUUCUAAAUAUUUAUAGUCAUCUGUUCCUUUGUUUGGAAUCAAAUAAAUCUAUAUCUAUAUAUUUUUACAGUGUUACCCCUAAUGGAUACAAUGAAAAUUUCCAUCCUGUCUGCAAACAUGUUCUGUGUCUAGUUUUGUAUAGAAUUGUCUACCCUUUUUGCAAAUGCAAAUCAAAUGUUUGGAGAGAAAGUAUAGCUAAAGUAAUGGAUUAUUAGCAUUUUACAUGAUCUUGAUGCUGUAAAAUCUCAGCACAUAAGAAGUAUUCUUCAUGUCGAUAGUUAUGGUGCCUAGUAAGGUGUUUGCAGGGGUUAAUUGGUAUCAGGGAUUAGGUGAAUCGAUGGUUUAAGGUAAGGAUCAAGGGUGAGAAUUUUUAGGUUAAGCGUUUGAGUUAAAGUGAUUGUAAACACUGUUACACCACUUUUACCUACAGGUAAGCCUAUAAUAAAGCUUACCUGUAGGUACCGUGAAUAUCUUCUAGCUUGCACCGUUUAGGAGAUAUACUCUGUAGUCGUAUGUGCCGAGGGCACCGGCACAUGCACACUGAAGAAAUGUCUCGCUCAUGCCUUUUUCAUCAUGGCUCCGGCCAAUCACAGCGUCAGAGGCUGCAAACCUGGAAAUAACUCUUGGAGACAUGUCGCCGGUCACAGUGGUGUACGGGGACCACUGCAACAGCUUCGAUCUAAGGUAAGUAUUUCAUAAUGAGCUAAUAUGCGAUGCAUACUAGCUCGUAAUGCCUUUUUUAGAGUUUACAACCACUUUAAGAGGAGCUAGAUGAGAAGUUCUGCAUUAGGGGUUCAGGUUAGAUGUAUAUUUUAAGUGCUAGAUUAAGAGUUUGAGUAAAGGGUAAUAUUUAAUAUUAGGUCGGGGCUCAGUAUAAAGGGAUAUGUUAAGGUUAAAUGUUAGGUGACAGAUAAAGUGUUAUGAGGGUUAGAUCAUUUUGCAUUUCAAGUAAAAAUAGGGUCAGGUUUACUAUUAAGCCUAGGCUAGAGGUCAGGACAAUUAGGCACACAUUUUAUUUAAACUACCAAGGACUAGCAGUGCUGGGUUCUAGGUGCCAAAAACACUCUACUGAUUAAAUUAGAUGUAAUCCUAAAUGACAGAGAUUAAUAUGGAAUUCAAAGUAUUGUAAAUUGUACAGGAAUGCUUUAAUUAACCUAUAAUUUAAUAAAAAUUGCUAUAAAUCGUU